UUACAGUUGUACUAUAAUCCUAAUUUUAAGAGAGGCUGCCCCCACCUGCUGUCAAGAUUGAAGAGAAGAGUGGGUGUGAAAAAUACAGCGAGCCCUCCAUUCUUUCCAAGUCAAGAUAAAAGCAGGAGCUUCUUAAAAAGAGAUUACUGUGGGCUAGAAGAAGUUGGCCAGUCAGCUAAGAAACAUGUUGCUGCUGUUACUUAUACUAUUCCUCGCGCUCCUUCUUCUUCUUCUGCUUCUGGUUCUUCUUCUAAUUCUUCUAGUUCUUCUUCCUCUAGUUCUUCUAGCUCUUCUUCUUCUAGUUCUUCUAGUUCUUCUUCUUCCAGUUCUUCCAGUUCUUCUUCUGCUUCUAGUUCUUCUUCUGCUUCUGCUUCUCCUCCUUCUCCUCCUCCUCCUCCUUCUCCUUCUUCUUCAAUUUCAAGAGAAAUGGAGCCAAAAAUUGUGGAGAACCAACAUAUCAGUGGAAGAUUUACUAGCAGCUUAGAAUUCAGAAGUGGCUUCUCUGCUCCACCUCUAUUGGCAGGAGGAGUUCAUCAUGCUAUGCUGAACCAGCUCAGCCCAUUCCCACCUUUCCACCUGGCUCCUCUGGGCAAUCAUGCUCAAAUGAAUAUGUAUGGGAUAGAUGGAGCUGCAGGUACUCCAUCUUUCUAUCAUGCUAUCCCCCCUGUCCAGAGCUCAUUCAGUUCUAUGGUAUACCCGGGGAUGUACACCGAGUUGACGACCAUCCAGACACAUCUGGCCAGCUUUCUGCCUUUUUAUGGCCCAUGCUACUCGAUACCCAUGGUGGCCACUGCCUCUGCCAUCCCCAUGCUCAUGCCGCCGGAAGAGCAGCAAACCUCUUGGUACCACCACUGUUCCGGUUGCAACUGCGGUUCUUCAAGCAAUGCCCAUUCUUCCAAAAGAGAUGCAAGGCGUGACUAAUGUGCAAGCUACCAGUGCUGAAGCUAAGCCCCAAUUUCCCUGUUUUGUUUUGUUUUCAAGAGGCUAGUCACCAGAAAGCAAA